GUAUUUUCCGUUUGUUCCUGCCUCCCAGCUGACUGCUAAGUCUGGAGGGUGUGUUCACUCCGUUUACUCUGCACACAGACCACGACACACACCGCACUCUGGACAACUUUUCGCUAAACGUUUUCACAGAUGGAAGUGGAGGAAGCUCUCAAGACAGGUGUCAGGUUAUGAAAGCUGUGGUGAACUCAUGAUAUCCUUUUCGCAAAACUCCUAACGCCGGGACGAUCGCUUUGCGCAUGCGUUAAUUACCCCGAGGGAUGGAAGGGGAGCGGGUUGACUCGUCUCUUGACUUGAGCCACCUGACAGAAGAGGAGCAGUCCACCAUUCUGCAGGUCAUACAGCGUGACUUGGAUUUGCGUCGUCGCGAUGAAGGACGUGUAAGGGUCCUCCAGGAGACAGAGACAGACGUGGCACGUUUGCGCUUCCUUUCAGGAGAAUGGUUCAGCGAGGAGAGCGGCAAACGCCAUCGCAACCGGACGUCGGGUAGCGUGCUCGUCCACGCCACCAUACGCCACAGGAAAACCAAGAACAGAGAUGUGCCCCUGACCGUACUGUUCAAUGGAGAGAGAGAAGAAGAAACCUCCCACAACAAUAACGCCUCUCCUGAGGCAGAGAGAAGACUCAAGGACAGCAGAGAAGAGGACAGUGGAGGGAGUCAAGGAAGUUUGAAACCUGCACCCACACCCAGAACAAAAAGUCCUUUAGCACAGAGUCUCCAAUAUAGAAGUAAUUCCUCAUCAUCCAAAGAGUUGGAAAGGAGAAGUAAUGGCCGCUCAGAGGAACCUGAGGAAGACUUUGACGGUCACAACAGGGACAGUGACUCUCUGAGCAGCUGCCCGACAGCUUCUCUGAAAACCAGCAGCUCCAACGGCAGCCUUCAUUCGGGCUACACGCUCAGUGGCAGCAUGAUGAGUCUGUUCAGCUCAGGAGAUUUUGGAGUGGUGGAGGUGAGGGGCCGCAUCCAAUUCUCAUUGGUUUACGACACCCAGAAGGAGGAGCUGCAAGUCACAGUAUAUCGCUGCGAGGACAUCGCUUCAGCACGCAAGAAUCGCUCUGACCCAUAUGUUAAAACCUAUCUCUUGCCGGACAAGUCGAGUCACAGCAAGAAGAAAACAGCAGUGAAAAGGAAGACACUUAACCCAGUCUAUGAUCAGACGCUCCGAUAUAAAGUGCGGAUCGGAGAGCUGCGGAGUCGGACCUUGAACCUGUCCGUGUGGCAUGCCGAGCCUCUGGGCAGGAACGUGUUCCUCGGGGAGGUGGAGGUGUCUCUGGGCUUCUGGGACUGGACCUGCUCCCUGCCACUGUGGCAUGACCUGCAGCCACGGGUCAAUUUAAAUCCAGACUCUAUUAGCAGUCGUGGGACCAUCUUGCUCUGUGUAAAGUUCAUCCCAGACGGAUUUGAGGGUGAUGGACUGCCUCUGACAGGAGAGCUUCACAUCUGGAUUCGAGAGGCUCAAGGUCUCCUGGCCAACAAAGGGGGCGCUAUAGAUUCCUUUGUCAGAAGCUACAUACUGCCAGACGCCAGUCGGCAGAGUGGUCAGAAGACGCGGCUGGUGAAGCGCUCCAUCAACCCGACCUACAACCACACCAUGGUGUAUGAUGGCUUCCACUCCAGCGACCUGAGAGAGGCCUGCGCUGAGCUGACUCUCUGGCAGCGCGAAGGGUUAAAGUCGCACGUCCUAGGAGGGAUUCGUCUGAGCAGUGGAACUGGUCAGAGUUAUGGGGAGGAUGUCAGCUGGAUGGACUCCACAGAAGAGGAGGUCGCCGUGUGGAACUCCAUGAUCGAAAACCCAAACAACUGGGUCGACGCAACACUAUCAAUCAGAACUAACCUUGCACACCGGUCCGAGUGACUCCGAGUUCAGACACACCUUGCACACAAACACAUGUUCAAAUAAUGGUUGGACUGGAAGGACACCCCCUGCACAUUUAACCUCUCUAUCACACACACAGCAGUCAGUAGUGGUGCAACAUUGUGAAUUAAUGGCAUAGAUCAGAAAUAUUUAGUUAUGAAACCAAAUCUGUCUGCAUUUCAAAUGUUUUACUUUGUAUGUUUUUGGUUCAGUUUGUGUCUUAUCUGACAAAAGUGUUGUAAUCCAUUGUAGUUUAUUAAUUAAAUAUCAAACCUGAA